ACAUAAAGAUGGGCUUCGAUUUCACGCAUGAUAUGAUUGCAAGAAGAGGCACACAUAGAGGCACACAUGACGGUGAUGGCACCGAUAGGCACAAGCAUUUAUAUAAUACUAAUGCGAGUCAAGAGAUUGUGGAGAAUAGCAGUGAAACACAUGGAGGAGAAGGUCUGUCUGGAAAAAUUGAUAACUCUUUUGCAAAACAAUUGAAGCGAACAAAUAAUAUCACUGCCAAAGAUUGGUCUGAAUAUUCCUCAGCGCCUGACACUUACUUUUCGCCAAUUCGUCAUCACUUUAUUCUCAACAAUCAAAUUCAAAGCACUAAUGAAACGAAUUCUAAUUAUAUGAACAAACAAUUUCAUCAAAUCAAUCAAUUUGUCCAUAUGAUAGACAUUGUAGAAGAGGACAGUGAUAUCCCAAAGUUAUUAAUCAAAGUGGGAAGCAAUGAGAGCAAUGCAAAUGUAACAUAUUUUCUAAACACCACUUCUUACGAUCACUUGGAUUUGAAUCGUAAAUUUAAACUCAAUGCAACUUCUGGUGAACUCUAUUUAAUGACACCACUUGAUAGAGAUGCUCCCUUCGGUAGAUCCAAAUGGCGCUUCUCUAUUCUGGCCAAACACAGCCAUUCAACCCAACCUUUCGGUUACGCCGAUGUCGUCAUCAAUGUUCUCGACAUCAAUGAUAACACGCCUUUCUUUCAACACAAUCCAUAUCACGCAUCCAUUUAUGAAAACUCUCCAAAAGAUAAACAACUAAACUGUAACUAU